UCCAUGUCAACCGGCUGACCCACUUGUCGAGCCAGAUACCAUCAGUCUGUGCGUCCACCAGCCUGUCUGUCCACCAGUCUGUCAGUUAUUUGGAUGAAAGUCAAAGAGAAGAAAUUUGAGGACUAAAAAACUUCACAGUGGAUGAACUUUUGCCUUAACCAGGGACACACACUGAGAGAGGCAGUAUGGGCUGUAUGAAGUCCACGCUGAGUGGAGGUCUGAGCGCAGGUCUGAGCGGAGGUGUGGAGGGGAAGAACAGCCAGCAGACUGUACGUACCGACAACACGCACUAUGUCAGAGACCCCACCUCCAAUACAAAAAGAAACAUAAAUAACUCCCUGCUACCUGGUCAGGUGUUCCAAAAAAUGGAAGAGCAAAGUUUGGGUAAAAUUGUGAUCAGCCUUUUCCCAUAUGAAGCUGUGCAUCCCGAUGACUUAGGAUUCAAGAAGGGAGAAAGGAUGAAAAUCUUAGAGGAACAUGGGGAGUGGUGGAAAGCAAAGUCACUGACAACCAAGAAAGAAGGAUUCAUCCCGUGCAAUUAUGUUGCCCAAGCUGACACCAUGGAAACAGAAGAGUGGUUUUUCAAGGACAUCACGAGGAAGGACGCAGAAAGGCAGCUGCUGGCGCCUGCAAACAAACCAGGCUCUUAUCUUAUCAGGGAAAGUGAAACUUCAAAAGGAAGUUUCUCAUUGUCCAUCAGAGACGUGGACGCCCAGGGGACAGAUUCUGUCAAACACUAUAAGAUCAGGAUGAUGGAUAAUGGCGGCUAUUACAUUUCUCCAAAAAUCUCUUUCCAAGACAUCGGCAGCAUGAUCAAACACUACCACAACAAAGCAGAUGGCCUGUGUCGUAAACUGGACCGUCCAUGUGUGAAACCCAAAGCUCAGAAGCCGUGGGAUAAAGAUGCCUGGGAGAUUUCCAAAGAUUCUAUUAAGAUGGUGAAGAAACUUGGAGCAGGGCAGUUUGGAGAAGUCUGGAUGGCUUACUACAACAACACAACCACAGUGGCAGUGAAGACCCUGAAGCCAGGCACCAUGACGGUUGAAGCUUUUAUGGAGGAAGCCAACGUCAUGAAGACGCUGCAGCACGACAGGCUGGUGCGGCUCUACGCUGUUGUCACCAAGACACAACCCAUCUAUAUCAUCACUGAAUUUAUGGCAAAUGGGAGCCUACUAGACUUCUUAAAGAGCGACGCAGGAUUCAAACUGCAACUCCCCAAGCUCAUCGAUUUCUCAGCACAGAUAGCAGAAGGCAUGGCAUACAUAGAGAAGAAGAAUUACAUCCACAGAGACCUGAGAGCAGCUAACGUCCUGGUGUCAGAGAGUCUGCUCUGUAAAAUAGCUGAUUUUGGACUGGCAAGAGUCAUAGAGGAUGACGAAUACUCUGCAAGAGAGGGAGCCAAAUUCCCCAUUAAGUGGACCGCUCCAGAGGCCAUCAACUACGGCUCCUUCACCAUCAAGUCAGACAUGUGGUCCUUUGGAGUUCUGCUCUACGAGAUUAUAACCUACGGGAAAAUCCCAUACCCAGGUAUGACUAAAGGCGAGGUGAUCUCCUCUGUGCAGCGCGGCUACAGGAUGCCUCAGCCCGACAACUGUCCUGAUGAGCUCUACAGGAUCUUGAUGUCCUGCUGGAAAAGCAAACCUGAGGACAGGCCCACCUUUGACUACAUGCAGAGCGUCCUGGAUGACUUCUACACCGCCACAGAGGGACAGUACCAGCAACAACCAUAGAGAGGGACACUUUCAGCUUUGACACAUAAAGACAUUUCACUUUCACUCCAGAUUAUGUUUGGAGCUCAUUAAGUUUUAGGUUUGUAAUGUUUUGUACAUAUGCCACAUUCUAUACAUCUAUACAAUGUAUUUCCUUAAUAGUCACAGUUGAGAAGAUGCAGGUUCCAGUAUAUACUGCUACUGCAGCCACUCACAGUGCUUCCUGUCUGUUCAUUUAUUAUACAUGUGCAGUUUAAUCUCACCUGUAAGCAUAUUCUGGGGUAUACAGGAGAUGGCUUUUGCACAGAUUAGCAUUAUAUAUAACAGAUACAGAUAGUUAAUCGUGUCAUUUUCUUUUUACAUUUGACACUGGUGUCUUGUGUUUAGGUGUUUAAAUAUUUGGACCAAAUAAAUUUCAAUAUAGGUUUGUGUACAGAGGGACUGAACAAACAGCUGACAUUAUACAAACAGUUUGCUAAGGUAGGACAUGAUACAGGAGGUUUAGUGUCUUGAUUUCAGUACAAACAGCUGCCUCAUAGUGUCUGUGUAAAUAAUGAUGCAAAAUGGGAAAAAGGACAUGCUGCCUGUAGGGAUAGCUGUUAAAUGUACACUUCUGGUCACUUUUUCAUACUGAGUAAACAUUUCACAAUCAUAUCUUUGACUUCAAACGCAUAAUGUGCCAUUUUAUUGCUCUGAUAUUUACAGUAAAUGACUGAAUUGUUCUUUGAACAAAUGUAUUCACAAUGUUUCCAUCUCAGAGGCUGUCAUUAGUGAAACUUACAUCUUCUAUCUGCCUGAUGUGUAAAAAGCAGCAUUAUAUGUUAUGAUGUUCCAUAAUAACAUUUCAAUUUGGGUAGAUACGAUAGUUAAGAGCAAAUUAUGCUCUACAAAAAAUAUAUUCAUAUGGUUAUGUCUAUCCGUUUUACAUUUCAUGAUUUCAUAAGCUGCUCCAACAAUGGGACCCCCAUUUUGGAAGACAUACUGUUUAUGUUUGAGUUGUUUCUGUUUGCUUGCUGUUUCAUUGGCCAGUGAAGGGUCGAUCACCUUUAAGUCCACUUCAUAUUGAAGUGCUGUAGCUCUUGCUUGUUUUGUUUGUUUGUUCAAAUGUGUAUUGUGUAAUCAGAAUUGUGAUCUGGAUGUUGCAUUGAAACUAUACCUUAAAUGUGCAAAGAAACAAUAUCCACAUACUGUAUGGGCUUUUGUGAACAUUGGAACUGUGAGCUGUUUGUGUGAGCAUUUUGUGUUGUAUAGUCGUCGCUAUCUGAAAAGAGAGUGUGUACAUUUUGUGUGGACUGAGGGUGUAUGCAAUAAAUUUUAUUCUGUGUU